AUGACUGUUGAUGCGCCCAUAAAAGAAGAUGCGUGGAUACCCGAGAUGAAUCUUUUAGCCCCAAGAAGCUGGGACAAAACCAUAAAGUAUUGGGAUACUAGGCAGUCCAAUCCAGUACAUACUCAGCAACUCCCUGAUCGCUGUUAUACGAUGUCAGUGCGACAUUUUCUGAUGGUUGUGGGAACUACAGAUAGGAAUCUGAUUAUCUUCAACUUGCAGAAUCCACAGUUUCCAAUUGGGUUAACCGGCAUGAAAGAUGACGAUUUUGGCAUGAAUUCUCCUUUGAUGUGGCUCCGAGACACCGAUAGAGAUCUUCCAUCUCUUAAUUUUCAAGGACGGAGAAGGAUGGAAACCAUAGAUUUAAGAGUUUUUGGAAACUUAAGUCCCGUCAAAAAUCAAUCAAGGUUGUGGAAGGUGGAACAGUUAGGAAAUCCACAGAAUACCGUAUCUCAAAAUGCUAUUACAUUGCCACCGUUUCCUGGUAGGGAGUGCACAAUUGAUCAAGAAGGGAGCAAUGAUCAGCAAAGUAAUCUUUUAUUUGGUGUCAAUAUAGAUCCCACGGAGCAGGAUGAUGAGCAGUGGCGGAGCUAG